UGCUUCCUCCCUGGAUCUCAUAAAAUGGAUGUGUGUGGCUGGAAAGAAAUGGAGGUUGCUCUAGUCAAUUUCGAUAAUUCAGACGAAAUCCAGGAAGAGUCAGCCUUUGCAGCUGGCUUUGACCCCACCAGCCUGAAAGGUCGGCCAGGGGCCAGCGCCUUCUCCAACAGGAGGGUCCUCGGCAGUGACAGCACCAGCCAUGAGACGACUUUCUCCAAGCUACCUGGAGACUACGCAGAUCCCCCAGGGCCUGAGUCUGUGACCUUUAGUGAAGGCAGCCAGCGGGUGAUCAUCAACAUUGCUGGCCUGAGGUUUGAGACCCAGCUCCGAACCCUCUGUCAGUUCCCAGAGACCCUGCUGGGAGAUCGGGAGAAAAGGAUGCAGUUCUUCGACUCAAUGAGAAAUGAGUAUUUCUUUGACAGGAACCGACCAAGUUUUGAUGGAAUUUUAUAUUAUUACCAAUCUGGCGGGAAAAUCCGGCGCCCCGCCAAUGUCCCCAUUGAUGUCUUUGCCGACGAGAUCUCCUUCUACGAGCUGGGCAGCGAGGCCAUGGACCAGUUCCGGGAAGAUGAAGGUUUCAUUAAAGAUCCUGAAAUACCACUGCCCACUAACGACUUCCACCGGCAGUUCUGGCUCCUCUUUGAGUACCCAGAGAGCUCAAGCGCCGCCCGUGCUGUGGCCGUGGUCUCUGUGUUGGUGGUGGUCAUCUCCAUCACCAUCUUCUGCCUGGAGACACUGCCCGAGUUCCGGGAGGACAGGGAACUGAAGACGGUGCGAGACCCUAGCCCCAACACCAACAAAACAGCCCCCUCCCAGACCAUGUUCAGCGACCCCUUCUUCAUGGUAGAGUCCACCUGCAUCGUGUGGUUCACCUUUGAGCUUGUUCUGCGCUUCGUGGUCUGCCCCAGCAAGACAGAUUUCUUCAAGAACAUCAUGAACAUUAUCGACAUCAUCUCCAUUAUCCCUUACUUUGCGACCCUCAUCACAGAACUGGUCCAGGAGACAGAACCCAGCACCCAGCAGAACAUGUCCCUGGCCAUCCUGAGGAUCAUCCGCCUGGUGAGGGUCUUCCGCAUCUUCAAGCUGUCCCGCCACUCCAAGGGGCUGCAGAUCCUGGGGCAGACGCUGAAGGCUUCCAUGCGUGAGCUGGGGCUGCUCAUCUUCUUCCUCUUCAUUGGAGUCAUCCUCUUCUCCAGCGCCGUCUACUUUGCUGAGGUGGACGAACCGGAGUCCCAUUUCUCCAGCAUCCCUGAUGGCUUCUGGUGGGCUGUGGUCACCAUGACAACAGUAGGCUAUGGCGACAUGUGCCCGACCUCACCAGGGGGAAAGAUUGUGGGAACUCUGUGUGCCAUCGCAGGGGUCCUCACCAUUGCCCUCCCUGUGCCUGUCAUUGUCUCCAACUUCAACUACUUCUACCACCGGGAGACGGAGAAUGAGGAGAAGCAGAACAUUCCAGGAGAACUCGACAAGAUCCUCCACAGUAUGGGCUCAAGAGCAGGCAGCACGGACUCCCUCAGUAAGACCAAUGGUGGCUGCUCCCCUGAGAAGUCCAGGAAGUGAUUAGCCCAGGGCUUCUUGGAUUUGCCUUCCC